AUGAAGGAACAAGAACUAUGCGAGGCGGCGAUUAAGGGUGAAACGGAGACGGUAACGGGUCUUAUUGAUUCCGGCGCCGACGUUACCUAUUUCGACGGCGGUGGUAUCACUCCUCUCAUGCACGCUGCAAAGCACGGCCAUGCACCCAUCCUCAACCUCCUUCUCUCCGCCGGCGCUCCUUGGAACGCUCUUUCUCCUUCCAACUUAUCGGCCGGUGAUUUCGCAAUGCAAGAAGGUCAUCAAGAAGCCUACGAGCUUCUCCUCAAUGCCGGGAUUCGAUCUGAAUUAGUGUUGGGAACAAUUGCCAGGAAGGAAAAGAAAAACACUGAUUCUGGAUAUGAUUAUUUGGAAGAUAGGGUGAGUUUUAGUGAAGGAGGUGGUCAUGUGCUUAAUAUUGGAUUUGGAAUGGGGCUUUUUGAUACGGCUAUACAGCAAUAUUCACCUGUGAAACACACCAUUGUUGAAGCUCAUCCGGAGGUUUAUGAACGCAUGCUUCGCGAUGGUUGGGGUGAGAAGGAAAAUGUUAGGAUUAUUUUUGGCCGCUGGCAAGAUGUUCUGCCUCAGCUUGAAACAUAUGAUGGGAUAUUCUUUGACACCUAUGGGGAGUACUAUGAAGAUUUGAGAGAGUUCCACCAACAUCUCCCAGUAUUGUUGAAACCGGAUGGAGUUUACUCUUUCUUCAAUGGCCUAUGUGGUGGUAAUGCAUUUUUCCAUGUUGUUUACUGCCACUUGGUAUCACUUGAGCUUGAGAAUUUGGGGUAUUCCACACAAUUAAUUCCUUUGCCUGUUAAGGAUUGCUUGGGGGAACAAGUUUGGGAAGGUGUUAAACAUAGAUACUGGCAGCUUGAUACAUACUAUCUCCCUGUUUGUCAGUCUGCAGAGAACUCUGAGUGA